GCGGAAAAAAGUUUGCAAGAACAGAACAGAAUAACGAAGUACACAUCAAAACUCGAUUUUAACAACAUACGUUUGUCAAUUUGACUAAUUUACACCCAUUAUAGUUAUUCAUUACACAAAAAAUAUAUAACAGUUCCAAAGUGAAUGCAGAUAUGGGGGAACUGUCCCAAAGUUGCAAGCGAAUUUCACUACGUAUUCAACUUUUAUUUGAUGAUGUGCAGUCAUUGACUGAUGCUGAACAAGAGCAGAUCAUGGAGAUUAUUCGCGUUAGGCUGGAUGAGUGGCAGGCUUUGAAAGGGUUAGACUAUCCUACAGAGAAGCUAUCAGAACGAGCUGACCCCAAUCCUACACCACCCAAAAUGGCUAAACUCACAACCAAUCUACAAGGGAGGAAAGAAAACCUGCUUUCACAAAAACCUACCCCAAGUAUCUCGCCAACAAAACCACAUACUAUAACAACAGUUGCUUCACCCACCAAAGCUCCUCAGACUUUAACAUCAGUGACACCAAGAACAGUUGACAUGCACAACAAUCUUGUGGAAAUGGACUCUGAACCAGUUGAUCACAACAACCAGAUAUCUAAUGAAUUGGACAUUAACUCAUUUGGUAGGGAUACUUCCAACAGUCAAGAUACAUCUACUUUGAUUGAUGCAAUAAAACAGGAAUAUGAGGAUGAUGACAAUGAUGAAACUGAUGAUGUUAAUUAUGAUUCUAACUUUACCGAUAUUAGUAUAAAAACUGAAAGUGAUAUUAACAAUAGUAUAGAUCAAGUUAAAGAAGAACAAAUUGAAGAUGACGACUGUGUCCCUCCUGAAUCACUAAAGAAACCAACAGGAAAAUCCAAACGAAAGAUGGAUCUUGUUAUCAUACAAGGAGUGAAGAGAGCUGCCCCACGACGUCACAUAUGUGAAGAAUGCGGCAACCUUUUCAAUAGCAAAUCUGCGCUAAAUACACACUGUAAAGAACAACAUGGACAGGGAGUAAUGUGCAGCUUCAAGAUGAGUACAGUAAGAACAUACAUAUGCCCAGAAGAUGGAUGCUUGUUCAGGAGUACACGCAAGUGGAACCUUCAAGAACAUCAAAAGAAUGUGCAUAGCAACCCAGCAGAGAGACCAUUGUGUGACACAUGUGGUAGACAUUUCAAAAACAAGAGAGGGUUGAUACUGCAUUUGAAAUAUGACCAUGAAAACAGGCUGAUGUGUAGUGCAUGUCCAAAGACAUUUGGCACACAAUCUGGACUAGAUGAACAUUUCUCCAGAAUUCACAAAGGAGAAGGAAAGAUUUUCAUAUGCAAUGAAGAUGGCUGUGUGAAGUUCUUUCGUCGAAACCAGGCACUUGAAAGCCAUAUUAAUAGUUGUCAUAGAAAAUGCUACGAAUUUGCCUGUCCUAAUCUUUCAUGUGAAAGAAAAUUCCCAUGUCAAAAAAAAUUGAAUGCUCACAAAGUUGAAUGUGGAAAAAAAUUCUCAGUAACCUGCACAAAGUGCGAUAAGAAAUUUAAUACAUAUAAUGGUAUGAAUGACCAUCGAAGGGCAAUGCAUGGGUCUGAGACGUACAGAUGUGAAUGCGGAAAGGUGUAUACAUUCAGGUCAGGGUUAGCAGCACAUCUUAAGAAAUUUAAUCAUAGAAAGGUGUAGUAUUUGUACUAACAUGCCGUUUUACUUCACUGUUAUACAAACAUAUGCACCAUUCUGCAUAAUUUAGUCUUGAUUCAUAGG